AUGUCUGCCAAUUUCCUCUCCUCGUAUCCUAGUCCGUAUCGUACAACCAUGGCGGUGGACAUUCCUGCCGUGUGUCCCAGUGGCUGGACGUACUACGACAUGGCAUCAGAUUGGAACCCGGGUGCCUCAACAGCCUACUGCUGUAAUAGUGGCUAUACAUCCGUCGAUUGGAGCGAGAGACAUGAUGACAUGUCAAAGUAUCUACGUCGACACUGGGUUCAGGGCACGGACAUGACGACAAGCUCAGGCGACGGCGAACUCGAGGUGUCAGGCAUAGUAGACUCGGAUCAAACCCUCAUGGUUCACAGACCCUGGCUCGUGACGUGGGCCUCGAGCGACAGGGCAACACUAACACCAGAGCCACCCACCCUGACCAGUAGAAUGGUUGUGCCAACGUGGACCCCCGGCGAAAUCAUUCCCGACGGCAAAUAUGACCCCGAGCCUGAUCCACCCCAAGAGCACCCAAAUUUCAAGGUCUUUGACCUCUUUAUGUUCCUGGUGGUUGGCCUGCCUGUUAUUGGGAUUGGUAUUAUCAUCGCGGGCUUCUGUAUCUGGGCCUGCGUGUUCGGUAGCAAGAAGGAGCGGGAGGAGAAGCGGCAACGGGCCCUGGCACCGGCGGAGAGGGCCGGUGCGACGGCAAUGGCUGGAGGCCCGUCGGCGGGGAAGCCUAGCUGA